GCGUCCUCCUUCCCCUGCCGCACCACAUCCGGGUUGGAAAUUCGUUUCGCAGAUGGUGGAGGUUGUCAGACGUCGCCGCUCGUCAGACGUUUAACGUUUUGGACGCGUCCCUUCAAGAGAGAGACCGCGGAGACAUUCCGCGUCACAGCGUCGCGAUAUUAAUGUUUUUUUAUUUUCCUGCCGUCGGUGUUUUAGCUAGGAAAAGCUAACGCUAACUGCAGCUAGCUAGCAGGCUAACAAAGCAGGCUUUUCUUUUCUUUUUAAAAGAUGAAACGCGAACGAGCUCACGCGCCCUCCAGUUAACUAACAACAACUGCUGUCUCGAGCUUUUAAUCAGCGCAGUAUUCACAGUUUGCAUAUUUCCAUGUGUCCCUAUCUGCGUCUUCCAACCUGCAACAUGGGUUAGCCAUUGUCCUGCCCACUGAAAAACACAACGUCUCCCAUGUGUUGGUGACCAACUGGUAACACAUUUGAUUCAUUUAUCACAUUUGCUGUUUAAGCUAGUUAAAGAGAGUCAUCGCUACUCAGUCCUGACAAAUACGUCAGGAUUGAUACCCCGCCCCUCCUGGAGGUUUUGAUGGUCUGGACCGCCUCUGUCACCGGCCCCUGCCCAAGAAAGCCAUGCUAUGAUGGUGCUCCGGCGGCUACUGAGAAAGCGCUGGGUGCUGGGGGUCGUCUUCGGCCUGUCUCUCAUCUACUUCCUCACCAGCACACUCAAACAGGAGGAGCGGACCAUACGGGACCGCACGCUCUUGGAGGUUAGAGACUCAGACCAUCGCAUCCCCUGGAAGGUCCGCUUCAACCUGGGCAACAGCAGCCGGCAGAUAACCCGGUGCAGGAACUCCAUCCAGGGCAAGACGCUGCUCACGGACGAACUCGGUUACGUCUGCGAGAGAAACGACUUGCUGGUGAACGGCUGCUGCAACGUCAACGCUCCCAGCUCCAGGCAGUACAUUUGUAAGAGCUGCCUGGCCAACGGCUGCUGUAGCAUCUACGAGUAUUGCGUGUCCUGCUGCCUCCAGCCCGAUAAGCAACCUCUCCUCGAGCGCUUCCUGAAUCGUGCAGCCGAAGGUUUCCAGAACCUCUUCACCGCUGUGGAGGAUCAUUUUGAGCUGUGCCUGGCCAAGUGUAGGACCUCGUCACAAAGCGUUCAACAUGAGAACACCUACCGGAACCCUCAAGCCAAGUACUGCUACGGAGAGAGUCCUCCAGAGCUCCUCCCCAUGUGAGCGCCGUCACGGCAACGGGCGGAAAAAAACGCUCGCUCGGACAAUUGUUUUGCGUUAUCGAGGCAAAGGGACGGCGACAUCGAAAAACCAACAUAAACCGAACGGACAAAAGCCGUAUGCGAUUUGAUUAUUUACACUUCAUAAGUGCACAGACCGCUCCGUACAUUCAUCCGUGAUGAUCAUCAGGUCGACGUAGAGGGAACCUCAUCCGCCUCAAACCGGUUCAUGUCAUAAAAUAGGCCUUUUAUAAAAGUGGGCAACAGCCAUUUCAUGUUUGUUUAAUAAUAAAUACAGCAAAGAAUGUGUCAUUGAUUCUGUGUCUAGUGCAUGCAUAUGAAACUAUUUAAUAAAAGUAACUGUGAAAUUAAAGAAAACUUUUUUUAUUAAA